AAUCAUCAGUCAAUUUUUUCAUCACCAACAAUCAACAAGUGAAAAAAAAAAGUUUCAACUAUUUUCAAUAGUUAAUCAGUGAUUAUAUUAAAAUUUGCUUCGCUUACCAUUCAGGACUAAUUACAACAAUUUAAAAACUAAUCAUCAUGAAUUCAAUGGUAUCAUCAAUUGUCAUCCUUGUUGUCUCAGUGAUCGCCCUUGCCUACGCUAGUGGUUAUGGUUAUGGUCAUGGCUACGGACAUGGUGGUUACGGAUCCGGAUACGGAAGUAGCUAUGGAAGCCAUGGUGGUUAUGGGUAUGGUCAUGGUGGAUAUGGAAGCGGUUAUGGUCAUGGGUCUUCAGGCUAUGGUCAUGGUGGAUACGGAGGUCAUGGAGGUUACGGUUAUUCAACAGCCGUUAAACAUGGAUACCCUGCUAAGUAUGGUUACUCCAGCGGUGGAUAUGGACAUGGUUUAGGAGGAUAUUCUGGUGCUUAUGGUUCCGGCUAUGGAUCAGGUCACGGUGGUUAUGGUGGUUACGGAUAUGGAGGUUAUGAUGGACACAAAUCAUACGGUGGAUAUGGACACUACCCAAGCUAUGGAAAACACUACAGUUAUUCAAAUUACCACAAAUCCGCUUAAAUCGAUCACAAGAUAUCAACUGCUCUCACUUGUUCAUAAUUAAACAUCCACACUUAAUUGUAGCUCAAAUUUAGAAUCAACAAUUCAUCUUCUGUUCAUCCACUUUGAUCUUAAUUUUUUCUCUACUCCUUUGUAACUUUUCAUUCAAUCUCGCUAUUUUUAUCUCCUUCCCUGUAAUUUCCUAUUUCUCAUCUUCUCUUAAAAAGUGUAAAUUGUUAGAUAAACUCAUACUUAAACUAAUUCCAUUCGAGGAUAAUAAAAACAAAAAAGCUAAAAAACUAAA